AUGAGAAAUCACACCAUCACAACUUUCCUCCUCCUGGGCCUGACUGAUGACCCACAACUCAAGGCUGUGCUUUUCAUCUUUUUGUGUCUCACCUACAUGCUGAGUGUUACUGGAAACCUUACCAUCAUCUCCCUAACCAUCGUGGAUCCACAACUGAAUACUGCCAUGUACUAUUUCCUACAAAAAUUUUCCUUCUUAGAAAUUGCAUUCACAUCUGCUUGUAUGCCCAGAUACCUGUACAGCCUAUCAACAGGGGAUAAGAAAAUCACAUACAACAGUUGCAUCACUGAAAUUUUUUUUACUGAUCUAUUUGGUGUAACUGAAUUCUUUCUGCUGGCCACCAUGUCCUAUGACCGCUAUGUGGCCAUCUGCAAGCCCCUGCAUUAUGUGACCAUCAUGAACAGUAGAGUCUGUAGGAAAUUUGUCCUUUGUUGCUGGGCAGCUAGUCUGUUGAUCAUAUUCCCACCAUUUAGCCUUGUCCUACAUCUGGAAUUCUGUGACUCUGUUAUCAACCAUUUUCUCUGUGAUGCAUACCCCCUCCUGAAGAUCUCAUGCACAGAAACAUGGCUCAUAGAGCAGAUGAUCAUAGCCAGUGCUGUGUUAACUUUUAUCUUGACCCUUGUAUGUGUGGUUCUGUCCUAUAUAUACAUACUUCAGACAAUCCUAAAGUUCCCUUCGGCAAUGCAAAGGAAAAAGGCCUUUUCCACCUGUUCUUCCCACAUGAUUGUGGUUUCCAUCACCUAUGGCAGCUGCAUCUUCAUCUAUGUGAAGCCUUCAGCCAAGGAUUCCAUGGCACUCAACAAGGGUGUGACCAUCCUCAUCACCUCCGUUGCUCCUAUGCUGAACCCCUUCAUUUACACCUUGAGAAACAAACAAGUGAAACAGGCUUUUGAUAAUACAAUCAAAAGAAUGGUAUUAGGCUUUAAGGAGUAA